AUGGCAGCUCACGCAGUGACAACACUUCCAACCAGUACUACUGGUUUGCCAAUAGGCGAGGAAGUGCAGGAAUAUGAGAAGAUUCUGAGAAUUAGUGACGAGAUAUUUUCUGGAACUCACCCCAAGCUCAAGGUCCCCCAGCAAUUUGUGCGCAAAACAACGUCUCGAAACCCUCCCACACAGGCUCAGGUAGUGAAUACGGGUGGACUAGAUGGUUCCCCUACGGAGAGACCAUCCCAGGCUACUCCUUCAGCAGCACCAGCUCCUACGACUAUUACCACCGCUUCUGUUCACGGUCCAUCUGAUGUAACCGCGACAACCCCUUCGAAGAACCGUACCGUCCCAAAACCUACCUCAGAGAUUGAUCCGAUAUUUUUGACCAAAUCAGACGAUUUAGUCAGGGCAGAAUUACAGUUACAGAGACAAAGGGUGGAAAGAGUAUUGCGGGACCAGUUGGAGCAGAAGAGAUUAGAGUCGAGACAGAAAGCGGCGAUGCAGGACGCAAAGCCCGACUUUGAUGUCUCUGAUGUGCUGAACCAGGCCCUCGAGCUGGUCAAGCCUGCUUCUGUAAAUGAUAUCUCUACAAGCAAUGUCGCUGGAGCACCCAGUGACUCGUUUGACGAGAAUUCUUUCUACUCCAGUAGAGCCCCUGACUCUCCGCAGCAAGGCGAGCCGCCUUCGGCAGCAGCAGCAGCAGCAGCACCUCUCACCGGAGACCUUGCUACCAAGAUCCCAGUAGAAAACUUUUCAGAUGAGUUGCAACGGCUUGAAGCCCUCAACCGCACUGGAUCGGAUCAGGAAAUGCGAGAUGCUUACCCCGUGGCAGACCAGCGUGAUCCCUACCGUCAUAGGCAACCCUAUGGCGCUCCGGUAGACCUGACAAGCAACAAAUACCACGAAGUUCAGCAGCCGGAGGAUGCGAUGGAAGAGCCGGAUUACUCGCCUCCAGCUCCAGGUGUACUACCUAUGGACAGGGCAGUCGCUCGUGAGUAUCAACCGGAGUAUGUUCCUCAUGAUGCAAGACGGCGGGUAGAGAAUCGAGGAGGAUAUUAUAAUCCGAUGUCCCCUAGAGACGAUGUGAGAAUCGUGAGAAACCAUAUAACCUCACCAGCUGCUCCUCAGCCAUCUAGGGUGUCUCCACUAGCCGUGGCUAAGGUUCCCUCCGCCCCUCAGGCUAAGGAUAUGCGUACAAGAUAUGGGCCGGAACAGGUUCACUCUGCACAGAAUCUGGACCGUGGCAGUCCCGAUGUCCCUGCUGCCCAGCACCCGAUGCCGAGGAAGCGUAGGAGGUUGCAAGAGGACAAGGGUCGAGCCCGUCAGGUUUCGUACAAUAAAAAGCCUGCUGCUGUUGAUUCUUCUGAUCCAUAUAUUAAAGAGGAGCCAGUGUCACCGCCGCCUUUCGCAGACGCGCUACCAGCUUACCAAGGCCGAUCUGCCCAGCCAGUAUACAUCGAUAUUGCAUCCCCGCGUUAUACUCCGGUUAUUGAACGAAGGGAGCCGUCGAUCCGCGAGCCUGUCUACGAGCCCGAUCCGUACCAUGAAGCUCCUAUGCCACGAGCGGCCUCUCGGCUUAGCAGCCGCCGGCCCAUGCGCGAUGAGCCUGAUUUACGACGGGUCGCUAGCUUACAGAAUGCGCGGCAACCGGAAUAUGCGCGUGAAUAUGUCGAGCAACAACCCAGUCCCCGUGCAGUGAGGGCAGCAUCUUAUGCGGUUGAACGGCCUCCGCCGGAGAGAGCGACCAGGUACUAUGAUGAGCCGGUGCCGGCGUACUCGAGACGGUUUGUCCCAGCUGAGGGAUCACCAUCAUCCCCACAAUUCCGGGAGGCAUACUAUGAGGAGGAGCCAGUGCCGGUUCGACUCAUGCCGCCACCGCGACGUAUUGUGGUUGACGAACAUGGAAACCAGUACUACGAAGCAGCACCUGCCGUGCAAUAUGUUCCUUCAGCAGGCCGGGUCCCAAGGAGCGACGUCUACGACGACGGUGCGCCGGUACGCCAAGCCAGUAUGCGGGCUGCAUCGAUCAUCGAAGAUCCAUAUGGCGGCCGGAAGUACGUGCAAGAGAUGCCACCACCUCCGAGCACGUAUCGGCGGGUGACGGACUACGCGCGGCCUGCUCCGGUUGAACGGCGGCCGUAUGCGACACCUCUCGAGGGCGAGCAAUUCACGCGCAGUAGCAGCGUUCAAGUGGGCGAGUAUGCUCGGCGUCCGGCGUACGUGGAAGAGCCAGGUCUUCCACGCGAACGUUUGGUGCGCAUGCCGAGCGUUCGACCUCAAACGGCGCGAUACGACGAGCCACGAGAGGUGAUUCCCCGUGUGGCAAGUGUGCGCCCGGGAAGCGUGUAUAUGGAUGAAGACCCGCAGCGACCGCGGGAGUAUGUUGAACGACCUGUAUAUGUGUCUAGGCCUCCGCCUAUGCGGGAAGACCAGGCAUACUACGAAGGAGAACCGGAACGGGUGAUGAUGGAAGGAGGAAGAAAUGUGGUGCAGCGGGCGCCGCUGCGAUAUUGA